AUGGCAAUAGAAUUCGCAGCACCUAUUAGAGAGGAUGUUGUCAAUGAUCUUCGCCACUUCUGGCGGCUGGAUUACCAACUCAGCAAGAGGGCCAUUGGUUGUGCUAUCAUUUGUAUGGCCACAAAGCUGCAUUUCCUCGACAAUCGCGGUAACUUCAUAAUCGAACAUGCUGUAGGUUUCACAAAGGCUGGUGGUGCUGUUAGUGUCAGGGAAGUUGAAAUGGUACCUGAAUACUUCAAAUCAAUGAGUCGUAGUUUACUGGAAGUACUGAAGACGUGUUCAACUGAACUCGAAAUAAAGGACGGUAUUAUGUAUGAGAUCUACCAACUCUGGAAGGAGAACUAUGACGGGCUGAGCCGGGAAACUGGCUGCGUGCUGCAUUGUAUGAGUCAGAAAUUAGAUCUGUUCAACGUGCAAGGCAAAUUCGAGCAUGGGAAUACUAAGGAGUUUAUCAUGAAACAUGGCGCUGUUCUCAUAGAGCAAUCCGGCAGACGUCGCGAUGCUAGUUCUAUGACAAUUUAUUUUCGUAUAUGUUUGAAUAUUCUAGAUUCAAGUACGGCUACUCAACUAGAAGAAAUGGUUCAUAUUUGUCAGCAUAAAGUUGGUGAAAUGGCUGAUGAAUGCCUUCGAGUAUUGGAGAUGGCAAAAUGCAUACGUGGUAAUUUGACCCAAAUCAACUGGAAUCCGAAUAUGGAGGUUGCAGUAGAAGAGAUUGUAGCAGAAGCUUGA